CGGGCAAGAUAGCUGGCAGCCUGGCACGAGUUUUGAAGGGAGUACGGAUUUUCACGUAUUCACUGCCGGUGAAAAUUUGUAUAACAUUUUUGCUAAGCAAAUGUGUCAGCACCCAGCAGGGUGACUGCACGUGCUUGUUUGCCGGCACGAGUGAAAGAGGGGGUAGGGUGGGAGGCUCUGCAAGCAACAGUUUACAGUGUACGUGGAAACCGAGCAUUAUGCAGUAUCGUAUACUUUAGUUAUCUGGAAUUUCAAGUUCGACACGCAGUGAUGUUAAUACUGGUACAAAUAUAAGCAAAAUAUAAAUCAAAAACGUCGACAUAAAAAAGAAUACCUUUCGCGGAGGUGUCAUAUAACCAUCGACUUCAUAAGACGGACAUUGUGUAAUGCGCUGAUCGCAAAAUGAGCAACUUGGAAAACUUAGCAGCGAAAAUACUGAAAGAGAGUCAACAGCCAGAUAGUCAAGAGCUGAAAAUAUUAUUGCUUCAGCUCGCAGAAGUGGCAAAUACACCUGGCGACAUAACUUGUCUUAUUGGUCCGGUUGUCAAGCUUCUGCCAUCUCACAACACUAGCGUCAAGUUUACAAUCUACGGAAUUUUACCGAGAAUAUGUAAGGCACAACCUGAUGCUGCUGUUUUAGUUGUAAAUACAGUCCUGAAUGACUGCCGUGAUCCCAAUCCAGAAGUGAAGCGUGUAGCUGUAUCUACAUUGUGCAGCUUGCCACCACUUUUACAAGAAUAUGUGGGACCUGUUGUUGAUGCAGCUCUGAAGGACAGGCAUCCCAAAGUACGCAAUGCUGCUGUGUUGGGUUGUAGUAAAAUCUUUAAAGAAAUGCCCAAUUUGCUUCAGGAUAUUGGAAUGAUAGACAGGCUGUAUGAGACAAUUCGUGACGAGGACCCAGUUGUGUCCACAAACUGCCUGCUGGUUUUGGACACAGUGCUGGCAUCAGAAGGUGGUGUGGUGGUCAGUCGAAGCAUGGCGAGGUAUUUGCUACAUCGCCUUCCAAUGCUGCCUCAUCCACAGCUGGCUACAGUUCUUCAGUUUCUGGCAAAACACAAACCUGCCACUGAAGAUGAGCUAUUCUUCAUUCUUAGUGAGGUGGAUCCAUACCUGGGAGUAAUGACGAGUCCCCCUGUGGUGGUGAGCUGCGCAAGACUUUUCUUGCAUUUGACAGAGAGUUCACAGCCACAGCUAGAGCCACAACUUGUGGAGCGUGUGGCGCCAGCUCUUCGUAGCUAUCUGCAGUCGACAGACACCAGUCAAGAUAGCCUUCAUUGUCUGCUAGACUUCUUGCUAUCCUUAAGGGAUAGACCUGUCUGGAUGUCCCUCCUAGGUGGCAUGCCAGAACUGUUGUAUCCUGUUGCUAGAGAAGACCAUACCGUAGCUGUCAAGAAACUGGAUCUGCUUGCAUACAUCAUCAACAAAGACACUUCCAGCGAUACUGCUGCCAAGGUAGCAGCAGUUCUACGAGAGCAGUGCACAGCAGGAGGACCAGUGGCAACGGCUGCAGCCCGAUGUCUGUGUGCGUGUGCGGCUCGCUCCUCUGCGUCUACCUUCCUCACGGCAUCCACUUCACUGUUGGUGCGCAACACAGUGCACCACGAUGUUACUGCCGCAGUUCUGGAUGGUCUACAGGAUGUCAGCUUAGAUAACUUCCCACAAGAAGAUAUAAGUGACCUCCUCUGUAAGGUCAUAGAUGUUACCAAUACAAUAAAAGAGUCUCCUCCACCCAUUCUGCCUGUCUUGUUAGGGGCAUAUGGAGAACUUCUUGAUCAAAGUCAACCGCACCCUUGGAACGACAGAGAUUGCUGCAGGCAGAGGAAAACUGUGUUGCUUGAACAAAGGGUCCCAUGAUCUUCAUACUAAAGUAAAGUAAUGUUAAGUUUCUGUUGGCAAAUAAUUGUAAGUUGUUGCCAGCCUGUGUUGUCAUCAUUCUGCUGUAUAUGUCGCCUAACCCCGUUUGGCUCUGCGACGAAGCUGUAUAGUUGCUGUGUACAAUCAUGUCAUCAGGAAACAGCAACUACUUUCAGUGCUAAGGGGUUCUCUUCCUGCCAUGUUUAUAAGGUUGACACAGAGGAUUUGGGGAGUAUAAAAGAAUGCGUCAAAGUUUGUAUUAAUAUAUCUAAAAACAAAGAUGAUGUGACUUACCAAAUGAAAGUGCUGGCAGGUCGACAGACAC